AUGCAUCUAUUUCGAUUACUUUUAUUUUUAAUUAUAAUAGUUACAGAAUGUUACACAAAAGUAAAUUCUACAACACAAACAACCAUUCUUUUUAUUCCAUUGGAUGAACGUUUUACAACAAGAUCAAUUGUACUUAAUUUAGCUCGUCUUAUUCAAGAUGAUUUUACAUUAUUAACACCACCUAUUGAAUUAAUAAGUCAUUGGAAACAACCAGCAAAUACAACUAUACUUUUUCAAUGGUUACAUGAUCAAAUAAGUACUUCAUGUUCAAUUUCAACAUCAUGUUCAUUAUUACUAUCAACUGAACAACUUCUUUAUGGUGGUCUUAUUAAUAGUCGAUUAAGUAAUACUUCAUUUGAUGAAUUAAAUUCAAGAUUAAAAAAUUUAGUAGAAUUAAAACGUGAAUUUGGUUCUAAAUUACAAAUUUAUCUUAGUUCUGUUGUUAUGCGUAUACCAGCAUAUAAUGGUGAUUUUGAAGAAUCUGAUUAUUGGGCAACAUAUGGACGUCUUAUUUAUUUAUGGUCUUUUUAUACUGAUCGAUAUGCUGUACUUCAUAAUCCAGCAGAUGAAGAACAAGUUCAUAUUUUAGAAAAACAAAUACCAUCAGAUAUUCUACAAGAAUUUAUAUGGCGACGCGCAAGAAAUUAUAAUUUAACUUAUACACUUCUACAUGAUUAUACUCGACUUUAUUUUGAACGUAUCUGGCUGACACUUGAUGAUAAUGCAGAAUAUGGAUUAAAUAAGGCUGAAGAAAGAAAAUUAAUUCAAUUAAUUCAUGAUCCAUCAAUUAAUAUAAGUUCAAAAGUAAAUAUUUAUCCUGGUGCUGAUGAAGUUAGUUUAGCUAUACUAAGUCAAAUUGUUGUUAAUAAUAAACAACAACAACAACAAUCAUCCUCAAUACCAACAUUUACUGUUCGUUAUAGAAAUGUAACAACUCAAAAUUACAUACCAAAUUAUGAAGGUGCACCACUUAAUGAAAGUGUAUUAAAACAAAUAACUGCUGUUGGUGGACAAUAUAUUGAGUAUACGAAUGAAACAUCAGCUGAUAUUCUUGUUCUUGUAAAUAAUUGGUCAACAGAUACACAACAUGAAGCAACACAAUUACAAACUUGUGAAAAUUAUUCACCAUUAAAUAUCACAACAAAUCAAUCUAUUAUUGUUUAUGCUGAUGUACGUUAUAGUAAUGGUGGUGAUAUAUGUUUUUCUCAAUGGAUAUUAAAUCAUACUCAAAUAGGAACUUAUGCUUAUGCUGGAUGGAAUACAAAUGGUAAUACACUGGGAACAUGUUUAAGUAAUGGUGUUUUACUUAAAUAUUAUCUUAAUACAAAAUCAACAAGUACAACAAUAAAAGAAAAUCGUCGAUUUACAUUAUAUCGUUUUCUUGAAGAUAUUCAAUAUCAAGCAUAUCUUCGUCAAUAUCUUUCUUCAUAUUUAAUAGAUGUAUCACUUGAUCCAUCCGAUAAACUUAACAAUGAUCUAAAUUUUUAUGAAACCUUUAUUCAAAAAGGUUUCAUAUCGUAUGCAAAGAAAAUAACAAAUGAAUUCAAUGUUAAUAAUAUUUAUUACCCAUGGAAUCGAACAUUCGAAAUUGGUUUUCAACUUAUAGAUAAUUAA